UCUGAAUGCGAAAAUAACAAAAUAGAAGUACAGUGGGAGGGAGAACAGUGUGUAGCCUACAAGGCAGGUUAGCUAGCUAUAUAUGUUCACAUCCUAUUCGAUCGGAUAUUGACAUUGCAUGCAUCGCGGUGACAUGCAAAAUAUAAGGAGAUGCGUUUUUAUUUACGAUUGCACACAAUUCCUACAACAAGAAAGAGUUUGACAUGAAAGUGAACCGCUAGCUAACCAGCGAAAGUGUGGCACUGUAUUUUAGGCUACUGUCUGAAAAUAAACUGGAAGAUGACAGACAUCGGACUGUAUGGAUAACUGUCCAUGGAGAUAAUCUAAUUCGCUUUUAUAUGGAUUUUAGACAAACUACAAAUAGAGGAUUUCUUAUUUGAAAAGCUUUGAUCAGCUGUCAUUAUGGCCAACAUAAAGUCGCGCAGUGAGUCUGAGGAUGAAGAUCUACACUCCACAGAUCCUGAGAGUAAGGACAAGAGCAAAGACAAGAAGAUACUGUGCAAAGGCAAAUGGUCUCGCGAUGAGGACGAUAGGCUGAAGAAGUUAGUGGAGCAGCAUGGAGCAGACUCCUGGAAAUUAGUAGCUAAUAAUUUUCAAGGGAGGACAGAUGGCCAGUGUCAGCACCGCUGGCAGAAGGUGCUCAACCCAGAGCUGGUGAAAGGACCCUGGACAAAAGAGGAGGAUCAGAAGGUGAUUGACCUGGUUCAUAAAUAUGGCCCCAAGCGCUGGUCUGUGAUUGCCAAGCACCUGCAGGGGCGGAUCGGGAAGCAGUGCCGUGAGCGCUGGCACAACCAUCUGAACCCUGAGGUGAAGAAGUCCUCCUGGACCCAGGAAGAGGACAGCAUCAUCUACCAGGCCCACAAACGCCUGGGCAACCGCUGGGCCGAGAUCUCCAAGCUGUUGCCUGGAAGGACAGACAACUCCAUCAAGAAUCACUGGAACUCCACCAUGAGGAGGAAAGUGGAGCACGAGGGGUACCUCCAGGAGGGCUGCAGGGGAUUCAGCUCAGAGCAUGGGGGGUUGAAGCGACGCCACCACAGACCCUGUGUCCCCCAACUAGACACCCCCCACGGUGGGCACAGCCCUCUGGGCAUAGCUGGACCAACUCAGCUUGGGGGUUACCUCUAUAGCCCUCACUGUGGCCAGCUGAUGGACAGCCUCCCAGACUCCUCCAGCUACUUAUUGCCGUCCUGCCAUGAUGAUCCAGACAAAGAGCAGAGAAUUAAGGAGCUUGAGCUGCUGCUUAUGUCAGCAGAGACCGAGGUCCGGAGACAGGCCCAGUGCCGAGGCCCAUGUAGUGUGGAGCAUUACUCCAGCUGGGCAGACAGUGUGUCAGAUGACACCAUGACCACCAGCAGCAGCAGUCUGGAGGAUCAGAGUGAGGGAGGCUGGAGGGGGGCAGAGGAAGGCCAAGGGCCACCAGUGGAGCAGGCUGAGGGAGGCUGGAGGCUGGCAGAGGAGGGCCAGCACCAGGUUCAGCGCCAUGUCUCCCCCAGUAAGUUCCUGGCUGUGGAGGCUAGUUCUGUGCUCUCCACCCUGCAGACCAUCCCCGAGUUUGCAGAGACCAUGGAGCUCAUCGACUCGAUGUGUCUGGCUCUACAGGACCCUAUGACAUGGAGCGAGGCGGCCAGCUUUGACGUGUCUGAGCCGACGACCCCCCCAAAACAAACACAGGGGAGCUACGUACCCCAGGGGAGGACCACAGAGGGGAUGAGGUAUACCAUUGACCCCUCCAACGACAUCUCAACAAAGCACUGUGCCCCCAUGGGUCAGCGGAAAGUCCACACCCCGAACAACGUGCCCAGACCAGGCCUGCUGUCCCUGGGGAGGAGGAAGAGGACAGAGAGGGUGGACCAGUCCCCUGAUAGGAGCCGUGCGUCCUUCUUAGAGUCACCCAGCAUCAACUCGCCCAAGAACACCCCCACAAAAGCACGCCCUUUCACCCUCUCCCAGUUCUUCAACACAUCAGGAGGAGAGCAUCUGAGCCUGGACAACCCUGCUCUGACCUCCACCCCGGUCUGUGGCCAGAACUAUCUCCUCAACACACCCUUCCAGAAAGAGACCACGCCCAAACACCAGAAAGAGAACAUGGGUUUCAGGACCCCUAAGAUUCAUAAGACCAUAAUGGUUCCGACUCCCAGAACUCCUACUCCAUUUAAGAACGCCCUGGCCGCCCAGGAGAAGAUGCAUGGGCCGCUAAAGAUGGUGCCCCAGCCCCUGGCCUUUCUGGAGGAAGAUAUCAGGGAGGUGCUGAAGCAGGAGAUUGGAUCAGACAUCUUCACCAGAGAACCACAACCAGACUUCAGGACAUGGAAACAUGAUGUGGAUGGCCCAGCCAGGAAGGUGCGUAAGUCCCUGGUGCUGGACUCCUGGGGGAAAGACUGUCUUAACCAGGACCAGCUCAAUAACGCACUGGUCCCAGAGGAGAGUUUGUUAACCAGCUCCUUAUUGAUGACCCCACUCCCGGAGAGAGACAGAGAGGAACGCCCCUGCCCCCCCUCGUCUGGGAAGGAGGGGUCCUGUGGCCCCCGGCGCCACCUUCCCAGCCCCCGCAAGAGGAAGAACCCCCCCUCGGUCAGAAUUUCCCACCACGAUUCACCUGGACAGCUCAACAACCAGUGGGAAGCAGUGGUUUAUGGGAAGACGGAGGACCAGCGGAUUAUGACAGAGCAGGCCCGGCAGUACCUGAGUAGCACCUACACGUCCACAGGCUGCACCUCGAGGGCGCUUGUGCUCUGAGACCUACGUCCUCACACACUACAUCUGUCCACCCUCCUUCUCAUAAUGACUCUUAACAUACUUAGACAAUCUGGUGUAGAUCUACUCAAAUAAUUUAGACAUUUGUGUAUUGAUAAGAUCGGUAACUGAACACUCAAGUGUACCACAGAAUACUUUACAGAAAAGGUAAGACUGUCAUUGUUCUGGGUCACACUGCUUGGUUGUCAUAAAUUGCUUUGUUUGUCUUUUGAAUACCACCAGCCGUUGACCUCCGAGCCAUGUAACAGGGUUGUACAAUACUCGAUUUCCUGCACUAGUUUAUAAUGUGUUAAAACUGAACAACCUGCACAUACAGUAAGUAGCAAGCUGUAGAAAUAGUUGUUGUAUUACUACUGUAGCAGUGACUGCUUAUGAGUUUCAUAUUGUUAAUAUAUUGUUUAAACAAAAAUGAAAAAAUACAUUUUAUGAUGUAACAUUACAUGUAUAUGUAUAUUCAGCUUGUUUGUAGAACUACCCUGUACUGCUAAACCUGUUGUUAUGAAGUCUUGAGAGAGAGAGAGAAAGAGAGGAGAGAGAGAGAGCUGUCAGUAUUGCACUACUGAGUAGGGGUUGGCUGCAGAGAAACAGUCAGUGUUGAGGAGGUAACUGGAUAGUACUAUGACGUUUCCAUUCCAAGGCCAUACUUCCCUUUAGCAGUCUCAAAUUGAGACUUUUGUUGAAUGUAUUUCAUAGCUUGAAACUGCGAAGAAACUCAAUAUGGAAGGGUACCUUUUUUGUUCAUUUGUUUGUUUUUAUCUUAUCUUAUUUAUGAUCUGUUCUCUAAAACCUAGAUAUUAAUAUAAGUGUAAAUUGAACACAACGUUUCCAUUGAGAAAUGUACCUUUGCUGACAGACAGUCUAAAACCCUUCUGAAACCCUUUGACCUAUAAGGUCAGUUCUACCACACUGAACCUAGAUCAGAAUCCAGUUGUCAUGUUUGGUACAGACACAUAGCGCUCAUGUCAUCAGUGUGCUAAAGCAAGCAUUUUAGUUGAGGUUCUAUUUAUUCAAUGUUUACUCAUUUAUUUAUUUCCAAAAAAUUGGAAAAUAAAUGAUCAAAUAAUGCUAUUUUCUUUCUAUCAGAAAAAGGAUUGGGCUACCUUUCAACUCAUUUCUACGAAUUAGACAUAACAAGCGAACAUGCACUACCACUAAUCUCUUUCAUUCAGUCAUUGUUUUAACUAUCCGAUUUAGUUAAUAACCAUUGUAUCGUGACAUCACCGAGUUGUUGAUAUUGGUAGAACAGUUUCCCCCGGGAUCAGAGUUUCUUUUGUAUUCUCCAUAGUAGUAGCAGGAUUCCGUCUCCAACCUCUAAUAGACAAAUUGCACUUUUCUCAUCGUUUAAGUGUUUUGUUCAUUUGUUUGUGUGUGUUUUGUUUGUUUCAUUUAUUUAAAUCUAGUGCCAUUGGAUGAAUGUGUCACGACAUGUGACUAUUAGACACUGACAUACAGAUGUAAAGACAGAGCUGUUUAAAAUCCAUUGUUUAUAAGUAAUAAUUACAAGUACAACACAAGAUAUUCAACAUACUAUGAAAGAUGAAGCUUUUACGUCUUUAUGUGACAAUGCGGUCUUCUAUGGUUCUGAUUGGUUGCCUCUAUAACAAUAGGGAUGCAGCAGAGUAUCUAUGGUCCCUGUGGUGAUGGUGGGUGUCAUUUGUUCCGACAGUCUUCCAGCUGUUUAGAAUCUAGAUUAUAAUGGGGAUUAUCCAGCAUUAAGUGUGUUUGAGAAUAAGAAGGGAAUCUCCUCAGGAGAGAUCAAGUGGAAAGGUCAUGUAUGUUCACACUUUCUGAGCUCCACAGAACCACACUUUCUGAACACCACAGAACCACACUUUCUGAACACCACAGAACCACACUUUCUGAACUCCACAGAACCACAUUUUCUGAACUCCACAGAACCACACUUUCUGAACUCCACAGAACCACACUUUCUGAACUCCACAGAACCACACUUUCUGAACUCCACAGAACCACACUUUCUGAACUCCACAGAACCACACUUUCUGAACUCCACAGAACCACACUUUCUGAACUCCACAGAACCACACUUUCUGAACUCCACAGAACCACACUUUCUGAACACCACAGAACCACACUUUCUGAACACCACAGAACCACACUUUCUGAACACCACAGAACCACACUUUCUGAACACCACAGAACCACACUUUCUGAACACCACAGAACCACACUUUCUGAACUCCACAGAACCACACUUUCUGAACACCACAGAACCACACUUUCUGAACUCCACAGAACCACACUUUCUGAACUCCACAGAACCACACUUUCUGAACUUUCUUAUUUUCCAACAUCUAACAGCUACAGUAAAUAUGGAUAUAUGGUUGUUCUCUGUUCUGUCGGUUGGUUUGACUUCAGUAUGUUUUGUUUGUAACAUGUUUGUACGUAACACUUGGACAUCUAGGUUAUAAGGGAAUUGAGUAUAUUUAUAGUAGCAGUUGUUAUCAUAAUCAUGCAUGAACAAUAAGCAAUACGUUGAACUUUUCAGUGAUCAUGUUUUUACUACAACUACAAUAAUUACAGACGUAACACUUCUAUUAUGUCAUUUUCAAAGUUUACUGUAUUUUCUGCUGAAAUCAUAACCAGGUACCAUAGAAUUCCCGCCAACUGCCAUUGUAACCAUGUACUUAAUAUGUAAUAAUAAUAAAAUGUUAUUGCAUUGCG